GCUUCAACUGUGAGGUCAUUGUGUUCUCAUUCCAACAGCUUCCGGCCUUGUUGGCCAUUGAAAUGGGGUGAGCCUGAUGCAGAACGGCAAUGCUGAGGCUCAAGUUGCUACGAUGGGCCUGUCUGGUGGGGUUCCUAAUCUUCUUGGCCCAGUUGAUCCCGAGGACUUUGUCCUACCAGCCAGGCAGCCCCCUCACGACUGACGAGUACCUGGACUUUUUCGCGUCUAUGAGGCCCAAGUGGAAGGCAAGCGUGGUGUGUCAGAUCCGACGUAGCAAAGGUUGCCAGGAUCCUAAAAUCCUACAGCUGGAUCAGUAUGAGAACCAUGGCGAGAUCCCAGAGGGUCCCAUCUGUGCGGAUCUUCCUCACGUCAUACGUUUUGAGACUUUUUGUCUAUUUGCACAGUUUCGGUGUUCAAACCGGAGGUUCUACGUCAAGCGGAUACUGUGCCCUGAGUUUGAAGAGGAUGAGCAUGUGCAUGAACACGAACAUGAGCACGAACAUGAACAUGGGCAUGAACAUGAGCACGAGCAUGAGCACGAACAUGGGCAUGAACAUGAGCACGAACAUGGGCAUGAACAUGAGCAUGAACAUGAACAUGAGCAUGAACACGAACAUGAGCAUGAACAUGAGCAUGAACACGAGCCUGAGCACGAGUACAAACAUGAAGACGAGUACGAGGAUCAAGACGAAGUCAAUGCCGUUUCUCCAUCCCCAAGCCAGUUGCGUCACAUGCCGCAGAUAGACCAUGGUGCCACACCGUCCCGCGACGCCCGCCUCCGCUCCAACAUCGACGCCAUUUUGAAAUAUUCCUUUGCCGUCUCAGGCCAGGAGCCCGUGGCCAGGGAACGCUCCUUCCCAACUCCCUCCAGCAAGCCGGACUACGUGGGUGCCGUGCUUGUUGCGGCCACUGCGGAAGUCGUGGCCACCACCGAAGCGACUGCCUCCAAAGCUGAAGAGACGACAGCCGCCAAGGGGCUCUCGAACCAGCAGCUCCAUAAGAGCAUCCACCGCCUGAUUGGCAUGGCCUUCUCCCUGGAGCAGUCCCUGAAUGCCGAGAACGCGCAGCCUUUCAAAGGCAGAGAAGGAGAUCUGAAUAUCCUGACUAGCCAGGAAGGGAUCGGUUCCAAGGGGAGCCUCUUAGCUCUUGACAAGGAAGAAGCUCUGGUGAUUCUCUGCUAUGCAGUGCUGCAAGACAUUUGCAUAUCCUCGGCUGUUAGCAAGGCCUGGAAACAAAUGGAGUCAAAAACCUUUGGCUUUGGGGAAUUGGUGUGUGAUAGCCUUGGCCGACGCCAUGCCGACAUGUGCUCUGAGUGUGCUUUCUGCUCCCUGAAGACAGAGCAGUGCCAAGGGGCCUCGAAUCUGAAGCGUACCCACUGUGUUGGUGGCAUAUUCACAUCCUACAUCAACCCGGGGAUCUUGGCUCAGCACCAGGCUAUGCGUUCCAGGGUCCCCACAGGGGUAGAAGAGUAUUUUGGGGUUGAGACAUAUGCAGGCUUGAAAGCAGACUAUUGGUGCGGUCGCUUGGCUGCUCAUGGCUGUGAUGAUUAUCGGGUGUCUCUUUGGUUGAAGACAGAGUAUUCCUCCUUCCAAAAAGGAGAUUUCCCACAAGAAAUCUGCGACUCGACAGGAGUUCAACACCCCACCUACUGUGCUUUCAAGAGCAAGCAGUGUCUGAAAGACAGCCAUGCUGGAGAGAAGGUGAUGCGGAAGCCUUGCCGAAAACACCAGACUUACCGAGUGCUAAGUAGGGAGGAAGGGGAAGAGGAAGUGGUACUUUGGAACAAGAAAUUCUUUAUCAGUAAUGGAGAGGGCAGAGAGUGAGAGCAGUGGC